AUGUAUGUGUUAUUAUUAAUCGCUGUGUUAGUAACAGGUAUUCAAGCUCAAAGUCGAUGUACAUGUUCAUGUUGUCUUGGUCAAUAUUGUCAACCAACGAUAGUUGGUACCGUUGAUGUGCGAACUUGUUCGCCAGAAGUGUGCUCUGCACAAUGUCGUUGUGCAUAUCCACAAUGUGCAGCAAAUAGUCCAUAUGGUCAAGUUUUCGUGCAAUGUUCACCACCGGUUUAUCCUUUAUUCAAUUGUGAAUGCCGCUGUUGUAGAACAGGUAGUUUUACAUGCAUACCAACACCAGUUGGCCUAAGUACAUCAUAUUUAUGUGAAAUAAGUGCGUGUUCCGUGGCUUGCAGUAGUCAAUAUCCAAGUCAAUGCAUCUCAAAUGAAAAUGGUACAACGCAAGGUUCCUGUUUGGGACCGUUGAUAACAACAACAACAACUACGGCAAUGCCUCCCUGGUUAGGCAGUCUAUGUUCAUGUUCAUUUUGUCAAUCAGGUUCUAUUUGUUCAUCGAGUUUAUUAUUGGGUGUAACUUCAGCCUCACAAUGCUCUGCGUCUGCUUGUACUCAAGCAUGUCAAAAUCGAAAUCCAUCAACUUGUUCAUUGAGUUAUUUAAAUCAAAUUAAUGGCGUAUGUUUAAGUGAAGUCCGUGGAAGAACCAAAUGUAAAUGCAAUUGCUGCAGUGGAUAUAAUUGUUUAGAUUUUGAACUAAAUAUAAAUGAAACUUGUACAUCAUGUUACAGUAAAUGUCAACAAGUAUCACCUUGUGUCAAUACGUUUUCAGUGACAUAUACUUGCAGUUCAAACAAUUCCACUAUAUCAACGAAUUUUACUCUUUCGUAUAUGUUUUUCAUAUUCAUCAUUGCUGUGAUUUUUGAAAGUUACUCAUGA